AUGUCUUCGAUUGGAUUAUUGGCUGCGUCGGCUUUCGGUUCUCACAGUGAUGAAGCUUCCAUCGCAUCUGAAUUCGCUGACAUGCCAGCGUUGCGUGGAAAGGAUUAUGGCAAGACAAAGAUGAGGUAUCCUGACUACGAAGAAACAAACUCGGGUCUCCAGUAUAAGGACUUGAGAAAAGGUACUGGGCCCAAUCCAAAGAUAGGAGAAAUCGUCGUGGUCAUCCCGGCGUUUGAGGAAGCUGUAUCAGGCAUGGCUCUAGGGGGCAUACGAAGGAUCGUUGUCCCCCCUGAACUAGGAUACCCUGAGAAUGACUUCAACAAGAAAGGUCCGAGGCCAACGACAUUCUCGGGUCAAAGGGCGCUGGAUUUUGUGCUGAGGAACCAAGGAUUGAUCGAUAAAACUCUCCUCUUUGAUAUCGAACUCCUCAAAAUCAUCCCCAAUAGAAGCUAA